AUGUUCCCAGUUGCUGAUCCUCCCCGUGCGGGAUCCGAAGACACUGGACAAGAUUCUAGGCGGAGUACUAUUCGAGCUGUACCUGCACUUGUUGUAUCUAACCCGAAAACAACGGCAGCGCCGAUAGAUUUUUCAGAUGACGAUGAAAUAAGAAAAGAAUAUCAGCCGUCAUGUUUUGAUAAGUUUGUUGACUAUAUUCUCUGCCGAGGCGAUGUUGCAAAGCGAACCUACGAAACUCGACCAGUUUCCAUUUUCGGUCUGUUCAAAUAUGCAAAAGCAUUUGAUCAUUUUCUUCUGUUCAUCGGUGUUAUCUGCGCAAUCAUAUCUGGAGUUUCUCAGCCAGUUCUCACAAUUCUUGCUGGUCGCGUCACCAAUGCUCUACUUAUUUACGCUCCGCAUACAAAACAGUUUCGGAACAAGGCGACCGAGAAUGUUUACAUUUUCCUUGGCAUUGGUAUUUUUGUGACAAUCACAAACUACAUUCAGUAUAUGUGCUUCCAACAUUGUUGCUCAAGGAUUAUGGCGCAGAUGAGGCACCGAUAUGUGUACUCAGUGCUCCGACAAAAUGCAGGAUGGUUUGAUAAGAACCACUCUGGAACGAUAGCGACAAAACUGAACGACAGUAUGGAAAGAAUUCGUGAAGGUAUCGGUGACAAGCUUGGAGUCCUCCUUCGUGGAGUUGCUAUGCUAAUUGCAUCAAUUGUUGUUGCAUACAUUUAUGAAUGGAGACUUGCUUGUAUGAUGUUAGGAGUAGCUCCGACAUGUGUGGGGUGUAUGUCCCUGAUGGCUAGACAAAUGACAGCAACAACUGUGAAGGAGUUGAGUGGCGUUGAGAAAGCAGGAUCUAUCGCUGAAGAAUCUUUGAUGGGUGUCCGAACUGUUCAAGCAUUCAAUGGGCAAGAAGAAAUGGUUGAGAGAUACCGAGUCGAGUUGAACAAAGGAAGGAAAUAUGCGAUUUGGAAAGGAUUCUGGAGUGGACUCUAUGGAGGACUAUUCUUCUUCUGGCUCUUCGCUUUCCAGGGAUGUGGUUUCCUUUAUGGAGCUUAUCUGCUCAAAGUUGGAAUUAUUAGUUCACCAGGAGAUGUUUUCAUCAUUGUCAUGGCGAUGCUCCUGGGCUCAUAUUUUCUGGGUCUGAUCUCCCCACAUCUUAUGGUUCUACUAAAUGCAAGAGUAGCUGCUGCAUCCAUAUAUGAGACUAUUGACAGAGUGCCCAAGAUUGAUCCCUACUCCAAGAAAGGAAAAUUUUUGGACAGAAUAAUUGGUAGAGUAAAGUUUGAAAAUGUUCAUUUCCGGUAUCCAACCAGAAAGGAGGCAAAGAUUCUAAACGGUCUCAACCUUACCAUCGAACCAGGAACAUCCGUUGCUCUAGUCGGACACUCUGGUUGCGGAAAGUCAACAUCCGUCGGAUUGCUGACGAGGCUCUAUGAACCGGAAGCUGGCAAUGUGAUGAUCGACGGUAUUGACGUUCGAGAGUUGAACAUUGACUAUCUUAGAAAUGUGAUUGGAAUCGUUCAACAAGAACCAAUUCUUUUCAAUGACACCAUUCAUAAUAACCUACUCCUUGGAAAUCCAAGUGCAACUAGAGAAAAGAUGAUUGAAGUAUGCAAAAUGGCUAAUGCCCACGACUUUAUUGAGAAAAUGCCAAAAGGUUACGAUACACUGAUUGGAGAUGGUGGAGUUCAACUAUCCGGAGGGCAGAAACAACGUGUUGCCAUUGCCAGAACACUGAUCCGUGAUCCAAAAAUCCUUCUUCUUGACGAAGCUACAUCUGCUCUUGAUGCUCAGAGUGAAAGUGUGGUACAAUCUGCUCUAAACAACGCGUCUAAGGGAAGAACUACUAUCAUGAUUGCUCACAGGCUCUCAACUAUUCGGGAAGCUGACAAGAUUGUCUUCUUUGAGAAAGGAGUUAUUGUGGAGUCCGGGAAUCAUGAGGAGCUGGUACGUCUGGGAGGAAGAUACUAUGACCUGGUGAAGGCUCAAGCGUUCAAACCUGAUAGCGAUCCGAGUCCGUCUAACGAUGAGAUUGAUGAGGAAAUUGACUUGGGACCAUCUCCAAGUGGACUCCACUCUCGUCAGUCAUCAUUCACCAGUUCUAUCAGAAGCAAAAUGUCUGGAGCGGAAGCUUUCAGGAGAGGAACACUCGGAGCUGAUUCAUUUGGUGGUGGAAGAUCUUCAGCGAGAGCUGACGCGGAGAAUGCAGCGUUUGCUGAGGAAGAAGCUCGAGUCAUGGCUCAAGAUGGAAAAAUCAGAGCUGGGUACAUGGAUAUUUUCAAGAAUGCUCAUGGAAACUAUACGGUUAUGUUUCUGGGAUUUGUGACCGGAUUGAUACGUGGAUUGGAAUUGACCGCUUUUGCGUUGUUGUUUGGAUGGGUUUUCGAAGGAUUUCAGUUUUUGAACGUAGACAAUGGGAAAAUGAUGCAUCGAAUGGCAAUGGCAGUUAUUGCAUAUGGAUGCAGUGGGUUCGGAUGUUUUGUUUCUCAGUUCUUGAGUUCAGUAUUCUUCGCUCUUGUCUCGGAAAACUUAGCACUCCGUUUCCGAGUUAUGUCGUUUCGAAACCUACUCUACCAGGAUGCUUCAUUUUUUGACAACCCAGCGCACGCACCAGGAAAACUCAUCACUCGUCUUGCCACAGAUGCUCCCAACUGUAAAACUGUUGUGGACUCUCGAAUGCUUCAAGUUUUAUAUGCUGCCUCUGCAAUUAUUGCCAAUAUUGUGAUUGCUUUUAUCUACUGCUGGCAUCUUGCUAUCCUCGGAACCGCGUUGAUCAUUUUGCUUGGGGUAACAAUGUGUGGAUUAGCGUACAAGAUUUCUCUUCUUAAUAUCAAGCAAAUCCAAUGCGAUGAAGCUGGAAGAAUCGCCAUAGAAAUUAUUGAGAAUGUGAAGACUAUCCAACUUCUCACUAGAUGUGAACACUUCUACGAUCAUUAUGAGAAAUCUUCCAAAUCACAAAAACGGAGUGAACUGAAGAAAGGAUUGAUUGAAGCUAUCAACUACACCAUCACUCAAUCAUUCAUGUACUACAUGAUGUGUUUCUGUUUUGCUCUUGGUAUCAGACUAAUCUACCAGGGCAACAAGCCUUCUCAAGAUGUUUUUCAAGCCAACAUAGCAAUGUUAUUGACCGCAAUGGGUGUCAUGAACUCUGCUCAGUACUUUCCUGAAUUUGUGAAAGCAAAAACAGCAGCAGGUCUUCUCUUCAAUGUCAUCUAUCGAAAACCACGUACUGGAGAUUUAUUAGAAGGAAGUCGACCAGAAGUUCGAGGAAAUAUUCUAUUUGAAGACGUUAAGUUCUCUUACCCUCAACGACCUCAUCAGCCAAUCAUGAAAGGAUUGCAAUGGACUGCUCUACGUGGACAAACUGUUGCUCUCGUUGGACCAUCUGGCUCAGGAAAGAGUACAUGUAUUGGAAUGCUCGAAAGAUUCUAUGACGUCACUGGUGGAGUACUUCGGAUCGAUGGACAAGACAUCAGAGGUUUCUCAUUGUUCCAUCUCAGAACACAGAUGGCGCUUGUCGGUCAGGAGCCCAGACUGUUUGCUGGCACCAUCAAAGAAAACAUUUGCUUGGGAUUAGAAAACGUGCCAAUGGAAAAGAUCAAUCACGCGUUGGAACUUGCGAAUGCAAAUCGGUUUUUGGCUAACCUUCCGGCUGGAAUUGAGACAGAUGUUGGAGAAAAAGGAUCAAAGUUAUCUGGAGGUCAAAAACAGAGAAUUGCGAUUGCAAGAGCAUUGGUUAGAAAUCCAAAGAUAUUACUUCUAGAUGAAGCAACGUCUGCAUUGGAUUCAGAAUCAGAGAGGGCAGUACAAGAAGCAUUGGAUCGUGCUCGAGAAGGCAGGACGUGCAUCACAAUUGCUCAUCGGUUAUCUUCUAUUCAAAACUCUGACGUCAUUGUAUAUAUUGAAAAUGGACGGGUGCAGGAAGCAGGAAAUCAUAAACAGUUGAUGAGCAAGAAAGGAAAAUACUAUGAACUGAUUCAAAAACAAGAUUUGGGGAUUUGA